UUGUCGCUUGCCAGUUGUGCUGCAGCUACGUUAGCCUUUGGACGUACUCUCGCCAUACGCCGGAAAUCAACAGCUGCGGCAAACAACGGAGAGAAUUAAAAGCGCGACGCGCCUAGAAGCAGGCAACGGGUUUUCAAUACUUUUUUGUUUUCUAAAUUGUAUUUUGAAAUAUAUUAUUUACUGGCCGUCCGUGUGCGCGCGUGUGUGUGUGAGUGUACGAGAAAAAUAAUGUGACAAAAUGGACUUUCAAAAUCGUAAUAAUACGGCAAAUAAGUUUGUCUGUCCCAGUGACAGGCAGCUGGCCUUGCGAGCCAAAUUGAAAGCCGGCUGGAGUAGUUCAAAGACCAGUGAACCCCUACGUCCCGAAGAGCAGGAGGCCAUCAUAUCCGUGAUACGUCGCAAUGAGGAAAUCGAGAUUGCCGAACGACAGCGUGUCGGUCGCCUUGUGGAGCGUGUCGAGAAGAUUAAGCAACAUGCUGUCGAACGUGGACCCAAUUGUUGCCGCCUCUGCGGCGAUGCUUUCGGUCUAUUGCGACCACAUCGCAUCAUUUGCGAGGAUUGCCGCCAGGCUGUGUGCACAAAAUGUAGUGUGGAUAUUAACAUACGAUAUCAUACUAGCGAAAGGACACGCGAAAUUUGGCUAUGUCGCAUUUGUUCAGAAACUCGCGAAAUGUGGAAGAAGUCCGGCGCAUGGUUCUUCAAGGGCCUGCCCAAAUAUGAUAUGCCACGCAGUGCCAGUGCCACGCCUACGCCCACAGUCACCACAGGACCUGGUCCAGGCGAUAUGCGAGCAGUUCAAAGUUGCCAUGGCACGCCCACAAGGGCUGGACGGGUAAAAAAGUUGACGAUACGUGUCAACGACAGCAGCAGCAGCAGCAGCAAUGGCAGCGCCAGUGGCCAUUCGGAGCCCGAGGAUGAACUGGAUGGGGCGGCAAUGGGCGGCAAAAUGAGGCCAUUGGGUAAACUUCAACGUGAGGAUAGUUUUCGUUUGCGUGCCUACGGCUCCAUACGAAAUUUCAUCGAUGGCGGUGAACGCAAAUUAUCGCAGUCUUUCUUCUUUGGACGUCAGCAGAGUCAGCAUCAGCAGCAGCAGCAACAUCGGAAUUCUGAAUGUAUGGACUAUGACAACAUUAGUGUCUCCAAUGCCUCAACUGUGGCCCAAUUGCGCAGAGAGAGCAGCUUUUUGCGACGUGGUUCAAUCAGCUCAUCGUGGUCCAUUAGCGAUAGUUCGGGCUCGGGCAAUUCGGCUACCCAAUCCCAAUCCCAGUCUCAAUCUCAAUCUCAGUCGCAAGCGCAGGCCAUGACAGGUCACUCGCAGCAGCAUUGUCGCGAUCCAUUGCUCGGUUGGCUGGAAAUUUCGAUAAGUUAUCGUGAAAGUUUUCACAGUCUGGACUGUACAAUGGUGCGAGCGAGAGACUUACCAGCCAUGGACUCAGCUGGUCUGGCCGAUCCCUAUUGCAUGCUGAAUAUAAUCACGCCCGAGGCACAUGCCAAAUACACACGAUGGCAACGCACCAAAACAGUCCACAAGACAAGAAAUCCUGAAUUCAAUGAGACCCUACAGUUUGUGGGCGUGGAGCCCGAAGAAUUGGGCAAUUCCCUGCUCUACGUGGCCCUAUUCGACGAUGAUAAAUACGGACAUGAUUUUUUGGGUGCAGCCAAGGUGUGCCUGUCGACGGUGCACAGCACAUCGCAGUAUCGCAUAUCGGUGCCGCUGGGCGCGGAGGAUCAGUAUAGCAAUGUGGCUGAGAUGUCACAGAAUUGGCCCAAUGGCAAAAUGUUGCUGUCCUUGUGCUACAAUACAAAGCGACGGGCUCUGGUCGUGGAUGUGAAGCAAUGCAUCAAUUUGAUGGCUAUGGACAGCAAUGGCAGUUCCGAUCCGUUUGUCAAAUUGCAACUCAAGCCGGAUGCGCACAAGAAUAAGAAACACAAGACAAGCGUUAAAUGGCGCACAUUAAAUCCCAUUUACAAUGAAGAGUUCUAUUUCGAGGCCAGUCCACAUGAUCUCAACAAGGAGAUGCUCAUCCUAACUGUGUGGGAUAAGGAUCUGGGCAAAAGCAACGAUUUCCUUGGCAGUCUUCAAUUGGGUGCUCAAAGCAAAGGUGAACGUCUACAGCAAUGGCUGGAUUGCAUUCGCUUGCCCGAUCAUUUCCACGAGAAAUGGCAUUGCCUGGCCGCUGACAAUCCUACCCACUAGACCUCGUCUAUACAAUCCUUCCCUCUAACUAACUACCUACCUACCUAAAUGCUAAAUCUAACUACCUAAUCGCAUAAUAUGUAUCUGUAUAGAGUAUAUAUAUUAUUAAUGACGUAUCUAUA